AGGCUUAAGAUUUGUUUGAGUGAACCUUGGGCAUUCAGUUAUGAACCACAAGCAAUUGGUGGCAUUAUGUCUGGUAGCCAGUCUGACACUGGCUGCAUGUGCACCAAUGCCACAAACAAGGAACACAGCAAUCGAAUCCGGACGAAGUGAUGUACUCACGAUUGGCGACGAAAAGCCGGGCUCGAACAACAAGUCUAACAAUUCUUCUUGCUGCAGUUCCGACCCAAAGGGAUCCUCAAACUCGUCAUCCAACAAGAGCGUGAAUUUGGAUGACUUCAGGGAAAAUAAGAAAUCAAACGCGGGACUGUCGAUCGACCAGCUGAUCAAGAUCACGAAUUUCUUGAAGGCCCGAGGAGUGCAAUUCAGGACCAAAAACCCCUCCGUUUGAGCAUUAGGACUUCGCAAAAAAAAAUUGUAGAAGGUUCUCUUGCAUCAAUUCAUGACUGCAUUAAGACAAGGAUGUCAACACUCGAAGAGUUUCGGACAAUGUGAUUUUGAUACGUAAAUCAUGAAAUAUUAAAGUAAUUGAAAGCGCAUUGUUUUCCCUCAGCAGUUGCACUGUUUGCAUUUUUAAAUAUUUUUUGUAAAUAUUGUACAUAUUUUCGAUGCAAACAAGUUGAAUGUGAUGCAAUUUCUGUGAAUUCCCACUUCGGGGCAUCAUGCAAGAAAUUCAGACAGAAUUUAUGCACCUGAUAAUUGUCCGAGCUGCUAAAUAAAGCAAGAAAACGGAUUCAGAUCCAACUAUCCAACUGCACUAAAAAAAGAUGCUGCUAUGCUGGAAUAAAUUACAAUGCUAAGCCUUC